AUGGGCGAAGCAGAACCAACCCCAGUGCAGGUAUAUAACUGCCCUUUUCGAUUACCGCCUGAGUUAGAAUUAACAACAGGAAAUGUAUCAAAUGAGGUACUUGAAUCACACAGAUUUUGGAAGCUCCCAUACCAAGAUCCAUUUGACAGUUUUCUCACAGACCUGAAGACCCGUGCAGCAUCUUGCAACUUUAAAGAACCUGAAAGAAUGAUGAGAGACAAAAUAGUGUUCACGGUCACUGGAAAGUUACAGGAACUUCUACUCAGAGAGGACAAACUCACACUCGACAGAACUAUACAAGUAUGUAGGGCGUAUGAACAAUCGAACAGACAAGUGAAGGAACUACGUGAAACCACUCUGAAAGUGAACAAGCUACACAAAUCUGACAAGUACAUGCACAGUAAACAGAAGACAGAGAAAAAGAAGGAAAUUCCAAAGACUAAACAAACUCCGUAUAAGAAAAAGGACUGUGAAUUCUGUGGGUACAAACACGAACCAGGAAAACAAAAGUGUCCAGCAUGGGGAAAGUGCUGUGAACAAUGUGGGGGAAGGAAUCACUUCAAAGCAAAGUGUAAGAAGAUACAUUCAGUCUGUCAGGAAGAAGAAUUCAACGAGGACCAAUGGUUAAAAGCCGUAAGUUCUGGUGGCAAAGAAGUGACUGCAAUAAUGCGUAUCAAUGAGUGUGACAUUAGAUUUCAACUCGAUAGCGCCGCAGAUGUGAAUACAAUCUCUCAGCGUUAUGUCCGCAAGGAGCAAUGCAAGCCCACUAAAAUCCACUUGAACAUGUGGAACAAGACAAACAUGAAACCGCUUGGUGAAGCAGAUCUGACAGUCGUCAAUCCACGUACAAAUGAGAAGUAUCAACUCAGAUUCAUUGUUGUUCCAAACCAUUACACAUGUUUACUUGGACUUGAAGCAGUGCAGAAAUUGAAGUUGAUUACCAUAAAUAAUGAGAAAUUCAUAGCCAGUGUUUCAAGCAGUGACUUAGGUGAUUUGGGAACAGCGCAUCUACAUGUCGACCCAAACGUGAAACCCAAAACUCUUCCCUGCAGGAAGAUCCCUAUCGCACUUCAGAGUUUGGUACGUGAGGAACUUCAGAAGCUUGAAGAUAGAGGAGUACUUAUUCCGAUCACAGAGCCUACUCCAUAG